CUCCAGUGUAACAAGAAACGGUCUACUACCAGAACACAAUUGCAGCCACCUGAAAGUAAUCAUCUCAGCAAGCGCCAGAAUCUUACACAGACAAGGAUGGGGGAAAUAAUGGCUCCUGCAGUUCAAAAAAGCUGACUGCCCAUUGGCUAGAACCCGUAGCUAUUGCUGCUGACAAAGUCAACAUGGAUGAUGAUGGUGUUGGUGAUGGUGUUUGCAUUGCUGAGGCUGUUGAAGAUGGAAGAGAUUUUGAUGAACCAGAAGGAUCACUCCUCAUUGAUGUAGAGGCACUAGUAUUGGAUGCUGACAUAUCUCCUGCAGAAAAAUUAGGGAUCACUUAUGAUGCAGAAGCAUCAGUAGUUAACUCAACUCCAAAUCCCUCAAGACUUUCACAAAAUUCUAAACCAAAAAUGAGGCUAUGUUUCAAUACAAGUGUAACGCCCAUAGCCGUGAAGAGUCCAAAUGUAAGAGCUGAACAGAAAAAUAUCGCCUCAAACGUUUUAGGAGUUGAAGAACCCAAGACUUUGUCAAGUUGUUUUGGAAAGAAACCAACUGUUUUUGGAUUGACACAGCCACCACAAGUUGUGCCCAGUGUUUUUGCACCAAAGUGUAAUGACUUAGAGUUUGAAUUGAUAGAAGAAGAGAGCUUCCGUUUUGAAUCGUGGACUUCCGUACCAAAGAAGGUACUGGGCCAGAAACCAGCUGAACAAGAAAAGGGAUCUGUCUUCGACAUCAAGAAUAUAUCAAAGAAAGAAAAACACCAGAAAGCAGGUGGAAACUCAGUUGCUGUCAGAGAUGUCAAACAAAAAGAAUUAUUAAAUGAGCACUUGUCCCAUCAUAAACAAUUGGAGGACACAAAAUCUUGCAAACAAAACAAACAACUCCAACCAGAAGAAUCUGGCAAAAGCACUGUUGUAUGUCCCACAAAGAAUAAUGCUGAGGAAGAAUUACAAAAUGAACCUUCAACUGCCUCUAAACAGUCUUUGACUUCCAUGAAAAAAACAAAAUUGGGAUAUAGAAAACAAGAAAAGUCAGGGGAAAAGUAUGUCAAAAUUCAGGGUAUCAGAGAUGAUUAUGAGGGAUUCCAGGAAGAAUUACCUUCAAGCAUUGUAAAAAAGACUGAUAAAAUGGAUGAUUCAAAAGUACCUCAGCAGGGUGCAGUAAAUUGUAAGAACUCGGCAGAAACUGGUACUUCAACCAAUUUGGCCAAAGCAGUUGAAAGUAACAGAAAAGUGUCCGAUAAGAGGUUAUGCUCUGGAAAUGAAACACCAAACAAGCAGCCUGUGACUAAAGGGCCAAUAUCAUCAGAUCAGAGCACUAAAUGUGUGGAUCUGGUAUCGAUGCCAUUGGCUCAGACUACAGCAGAUAAUAAUGAAAAUGACAAAUUAGCUGGGUUGGAAAUACAUCAGUCAAGAACCAGCUUGUAUAGUGGGAAGAAUAAGGAACCUACAAUUGUGAAUGGAUCUCUAGCUCUUUCAAGACUUCCACAGAAAAUUAAUUCAAGAAGACGAAGCUUGAAUACAAAUGAAACACCUGGCAUCUUGAACAACAUAGGUGUGAAUCACCAAAGGGGAUAUCCAUCUGAGAAUGCUGUUCCAUCGACCUCUGGACUUGAAAAACAACAGAAAGAAACACCUCUGAUUUCUAAAGCAUCAUUUUCAAGUUUUGGGAUAAAGCCUGCUAUUUCUGCAUUACCACACCCAAAACAAUUUACUCCUGUUACUUCAGCACCUAACCUUGAAUUUGUAUUUGAAUCAGAAGAAGAGGAGAACUUCUGUUUUGAGUCAUGGAUUACAAUACCAAAGAAAGCCUUUGUACAAAAGCAGGAUCCAGCUGAACAGGAAAAGGAACCUGUUGUGGAUGCAAAGACAACAAAAAAGAAAGAAAGAAAGCAGAAGACAGCAAAAGUGAGAACAUUCACUAUUCAGUCAAAGAUAAAUGAUGAAAAUCAGUUAGCUCAGAAUAAAAAAAGUAAGGCAAAAUAUGAAAAUCAACCUAGGAAACGGCCUGCAUGUCCAUUGAAAAAUAAUACUGAGAAGGAGCAAGAGGAAGUACACAAUGAAUCUUCAUCCCACUCAAAAUAUCUGUUACCUCCCAGACAAAAAAAAUUGAAAUCUGCAAGACCAAGGAAAAAAUCUAUAGUUGUAUCCAAUGAAAAUGAAGAGCAGGAAGAGUUACAAGAACAAGACGAAUUACACCAGGAACAUCAUUUUCAUGUUAAGGAAUCUAAAAACAGUAUCGAAAAGGCUGAACUUUUUGAUCAAAGUGUGAUUGCUUCUAAGAAGUUUUUAGAAUCUGAAAGCUCAAUAAAUUUGUCUUCAUCUUAUUCAAAACAUUUGUUGGCUUCUAAGCAAACAAAGUUAGGAGGCAAAAAACAAGGACGACAAAGAAAGAAAUUGGUAGCUAUGCCUAAAAGAACUGAAGAACAAGAAGAAAUAAGGGCCAGUUUUUGUGUUCAGGAAAAUGAAAAUAGAAUGGAAGAGCCCAGAAUGUCCGAGCAGAAUACAGUUACUCCUAAGGAUCCCCCAGAAAAUGGAAGUUCAGUAAAGGAUUGUAAUGAAAAGGAAUCAAACCUACCUUUAUUUGCAAAAUCAGGAUCUCAGAACAAAAGGAGAACAAAAAAGCCACAAAAACAGAAACCAAUAGUCAAAAAAGAAAUGUCAAAAAAGGAAACUCAGCUGAUGAAACAUGGCUCUUCCAAGAAAAGUCUUCCUUCUUCCCAUGAGCCUGAUGAGAACCUUGUCCAAGAUAAUACUUCCAAUUUAUGUUCAAGGAGCCAGCGCCUUACCAGACCGCCACCAAAGUGGUGGGUGGUACAGCAUGAUGAUAGUUAUCUGCAAAAGGAGUUGAACACAAAUUACUCGCCAGAACAGAACACCAAUUUACAAGGAAGGAUGGCAAAGGGAAAGUCUGCAAUGUCUAAAAUGAAGAAAAAGAUGGUUACGAAAAGAACUUCAUCUGGUCGAACAGAACAACUGGAGACAGAAGAAUGUAGUUCAGAGGAGCAAAGUUUUGAGAAAGAGGUUUCUGAAAAUGUUUGUUAUCCACGUAAUCCACCACAAGACCGUCUUACUCAAAAUGUAUCAAUUAAGAAGCAAGGUAGAAAACAAAAGUAUACUUCAGCCUCAACCAAACCAAAAAAGCGAUUAUUUUCAGAGGCUGAAGAAGCAAAGGCAAAACCCUUUGAAAGGCACCAGUGCAAAAAGCAAAAAUCCCUUCAAAAACUGAAAGUUCGCAAUAUCAGUGUGCGUGGUAAAAAUGAAAUGGAACAAAAUGAGGAUUCUGAUCAACUUACAGACUCUGCUCAUGUUUCUCCAACUUUAAGGCAAACUAAGCACUUUGUCUCUUUAUCAUCCAAGCCAACUUCACAAAAACCCUUCCAAGAAUCUUUAGCAUCCUUCAGUACUACUUAUGUUGUCAAGAGUCCACAAAGACCUGCUCACGGACAUCCAGAACUUAUCAAAGUUUCUUCAAGGACUCCAAAUCGGGCUGUAAUGAGUCCCAGAAAGUCUACCACUAGACCUGCUGAUCAACCUUGUACAAGUGUACAGGUUCCCUCAGCUACUCCAUAUCGUGUUGCAAUGAACACAAGAAGGUACCAAGAUAAGUCUGUUCCUUCUCAACCUUGUGGACAGACACUAGACGAGAAUGAAGAGGGUGAUGAAUCCAGCACCUCUGUAAAAGAGAUGAGAACAUUAAAACAAGGACGCCACUGUGGGGAUUUGCCUGUUUUUAAUAGGAGUGGGCCAGGGCCCACUGUGAAUUAUCAAGAAUCUUCAGAUGCAGGAGACAAUAGAAAUCUUGAGCGUGAAGUUUAUAACUCUGAGAAGAAGCCAUCUGAAGCAGAGCAAAGUUUGAAAUCAACCCGUGUGUGGAGCGAAAAGGAAAGCAGUGAAAUAUUUGUAGACUGUGUUAAAACUUCAGAAAUGUGCAAUUUCUUCUAUCCCUUAAGGACAGAGUAUGAUGAUAAUAGGUCCAUUGCCAUCUGCAAGAGUUUAAAUUGGAAAACAUUUUCUUGUGGCAAACUUGUAUUGGGACCAUACAAAGAAAAGGGUUGUCAGAUGGUUUAUAAAGAUACCAUGAUAUUUCACAUCCUAAAGGGUGAUUUGGGCAUUACAAUAUACCGUACAACAUACCGUCUCAAAGAAGGGGAUUACUUCUUUGUGCCAUCAGGUAAUACCUACAAUGUUACAAAUCUUCAGGACACUGAUGCAGUUCUGCUUUUCACACAAUUGAAAGGAGCCAAAAUGGAGUAAACAAUAUCAACAAGGAACAAUUUUUGAUGCCUAUAAUUAUUUUGUACAUUUGGACUGUAUUUCAGAAUAGUUUUGAGUAUUUUGGAAAGGUAUUUUACUUCAAAAAUCUGUGUACAGUGGAGUUGAUGUAUCAGACUCAUCACUUGUAAUAAAAAACUAGUUUGUGCCAUUUAUUAGAAUAAACGUGAGUAUUUUUGGAAUUGUCGAAUUGUCUGCUUUGAAAUAUACCAUUAUUAUGUACACUUUGCAAAUUUUUAUCUGCAUAAUACACUUUGGAAUAAAGACUGAUUAAUGAUUGUAAUUAGGGGAGAAACUGAAACCAAAUUUCAGGAGAUAAGUACAAUCAGUGGUUCCAUUUACAACCAUUUAGCUUUAACAAUGAAAGAUGAAUUUCUUGCUGAUAUGCAAUGGAAUUUAUUGUAUAUUUAUGUAAUUCAGCAAGUUAGUGCUAUAAAUUUCUGUAAGGAAAUAGAACAAAAUUGGACUCCAAAAGUUAGUUGACUUUCAGCAAAAUAGUCUCAGCAAAAGGCCCAAGAAAAGUAUUUGAGUAGAAGAGGAUAUAUUUAGUUAUGGCAAUGAUGAGGAGAUAUACUCAACAAACCAUUAUUUUUCUGGGUCUUGUACUGCAGUUCCCUCUGUCAAGACUGUCCAAAUUCAUUUUUAAUUUUUCAGUUAAGGGGCAGGGGAAAUUUCUGUUUUGAAUAGUACAUAAUGGUUUGAGAUUGGUACUUGCACAGAUAAUUCAUUGGAUUAGAAAAAGGGAUGAUGUAAAACAGUUGAUAAAAGUAAGUUUUGUUCCCCUUCUCUCUUUCUCUCCUUAUUUGUAGUUAUGCUA